AUGACCGACGAGUGGACUUCUGUAACUAAUUCUAAAAAUGCUUCUCGUAACUAUUCAGCGUUCGGGUUUCGUGGAAAAACUCUCCCUAGACACAAAAAUAACUCUACUAGGAUAUCAAGUUCAUCCAUAAAUAAUGGUGUAAACAUUAAUCGUCUUAAACAACAAGAUAGCUAUUCCUCGAGUAAACGAAAUUCUGACCCAAGUCAUAAUACCUAUCCUCCAGGUUUCGAUGAACCAAUUUCUCCUUCCUCUUCCGGAACUAUAUCACCCGAUAUGUCUCGGGAGAUGCCUACGUUACCACCAUAUCAUAUUGAAUUAUCUAUUAAAUGUCCUUUUGUUAAUUGUCAACCAAAAAUGACUAUAAUUGAUAGCACAGCUCUAGUAGAUCAUUUAAAAGAUGCUCAUAAAUUACGAUUUUCUAACUUGCACCAUGUUUAUUUAAUCCUUGAAGAAUAUCUGGAAUAUUGGGCAAAAGAAAUUACCAAGGACGGUGUCUUAGAACAAUUAAGCGUUGAAGUAGAUGGCGAAACUACUGUAUACGUGAUUGAUCCAGAAAAACUUCCAAAAGACAGAAACAUUCGAGAUAGCCUUCAACGCGAUAAAUUGAAUAAAGUAUUGCAGACUCAAGCUAAUGAACGUAACUAUGACUCGAAAUUAGAACGUAAAUGUUUGUUUUGCAAGAAUAUUUGUGAAAAUAGAGCUAUUUUAUUUCGUCAUAUGUUUUCGGAACAUAAUUUUAAUAUUGGUCUUCCCGAUAAUCUCGUGAAUGUUGAUGAAUUCCUUCAAAUUCUUGAAAAAAAACUGACGAGCCUUCAAUGUUUAUACUGUGAGAAAAUUUUCACUUCGUCGGCCGUAUUACGCAAGCACAUGCGUAAGAAAAAGCAUUUCAAGAUUAAUGCCAAAAAUAGAAUAUAUGAUAGAUUUUAUGUGAUUAAUUACUUGGAACCUGGAAAGAAUUGGGAAACAUUUGAAAAAGAGCGUUGUGAUUCUGACGAAGAACAUCAUCGAGAUGACUCGUGGGAUGAUUGGGAUGAGGAAGAAUCUCAACCGACAAAUUGUCUUUUCUGCGAUACUAUAUCUCCAAGUUCUAAAGAUGUAAAGAAUCAUAUGAAAUGUACACACGGCUUUGAUUUAUUAAUGAUUAAACGAAACCUUGAUGAUACCAUCGUGAUACCCGAAGAACCACCUGAAGAAUUGAAAGAAGGUAUUAAAAAAUUAAUGGAAUUGAAUAACAAUAGUGGGUCUAAUUUAGUAGAUAUUAAAGAUUAUGUAUAUAAUGAUGUAAAUAUUUGA